AUGAGCUGCUGCCCCGUGACUGCAGAGCCCGCGCGGGACGUGGCCGACCAUAUCGGUGUAAUGAAGAAGGUGGGAAAUACCAAUCUUUAUGUGACAGGUCCUGCGUCUUCGAAAGCCGGUAUCAUCGCCUACCCGGACAUCUUCGGAUUGGACAGUGGUCGCACCAAGGCCGAUGCCGACACGCUUGGUAAGCUUGGGUACACUGUGGUGGUUAUUGACAUCACAGAUGGCGAAUACUUGGAGGAUGCAAACGGUGCUGUGGAAUGGGUGAAAAAGUUUACCUUUGCAGAGCAGUAUGGUCCGCGCAUCCAAGACGCCAUCAAUUUCUUGAGGAACGAAGUGGGUGUUGAGCGCAUGAUCAGCUACGGCAUGUGCUGGGGAGCGUGGGUGGGCGCUACACAGACCACGCAAACUGAUCCAGUCGUUCUUGGCCAUGUGUCGUUCCACCCUUCGUGGAUUCUCGAGAACAAGCUGAAUGGAGACGGGGCCGUCGACAAGCUUGCCGCAGCCGUCAAGGUGCCGCAGCUACUUAUGCCUGCUGGCGACGACCCGGAUUAUCUUAAGCCCGAUGGUAGCGUGCACAAGAUUCUUAAGGCUCGUGACGACAUUGGCCCCCAGUCAGACGUGCUGCUCUUCGCCGACCAAAUUCACGCCAGUCUGCGCACAGCAUGUAUCACCUAUCAGCGAAGCGUUGCAUCCAGGCUGAAUCUUAUCAACUGGACGGCAACUCUUGCUGCGACCGGCGCGGCGCUGGCUGCUGUGGGGAUCUCCGGUGUUGCACUUAACGAAGACGACCACGAAUUCGUUAACUGGUCUGCCACACAUAAAUGCCGUCCUCACAGUUUCUACGUGCCCGAGACAGUGGAUGAGGUAGAGAAGAUCCUUCAGACGUAUCAUGCCAAGAAACAGAAAAUACGAUGCAUGGGAGCUGGAGUGUCGCCUAACGGCUUAGGCUUUUCAGGCAAGGUGUCCGACAAGAAUAAAGAAAAGCUUCAGGUGACGGUGCAGACUGGCAUGAUUGUCGGAGACCUCCUGGACAAGCUGCGAGCAUAUGGCAUGACCAUGCAAAAUGUGGCCUCCAUCCGUGACCAGCAUGUAGGCGGUAUUUGCCAGGCUGGGUGUCACGGCACAGGCGCGAAUAUCCCACCUAUUGACGAUCAGAUUGUUGAAAUGGAGAUUGUGACUCCUGCCAAGGGUAAAAUGAUUCUUAGUGCAACGAAAAAUCCAGAGCUCUUCGAGCUGGCGAAAUGCGGUCUUGGCGCGCUUGGCAUAGUUACCAAGGUCACGCUACAGUGCGUGCCUAUGCACAAGCUAAUUGAGAAGACCACUGUGAUGACGGUGCACGAGCUACGAAAGAACCACACGCGCUGGCUCCGUGAAUUUCAGCACCUGCGUUACAUGUGGAUCCCUUAUACCGAUUCGGUAGUUGUGGUACAAUGCCGUCGUGCUGAAGAAAACGAGCUGCUGAAUGAGAAGCGCUUCCCCCCGCUCCAAAAUAACGACGAUGUACGCAUGAUGGCACCUCGUAAGCUGUACCUGGAACUGACUCACGGCAAGCCCGAGCCAGAUUAUCUCGACUGGAGUUUCACAAAGAUGCGUGACAAAUUGCUCGAGAUCAACCCGCUCGACAAACAGCAUGUCAUUCGUGUGAACAAAGUGGAAAAGAAGUUUUGGAAGCUGAGUGAAGGCUACCGGGUGGCGUACUCGGAUGAUGUUAUCGGCUUCGAUUGCGGUGGCCAGCAGCUCGUGGAAGAGGUUUCCUUCCCAACUACUGGCACUUUGGAUAUUGAUUUUAUGGUGGGGCUUUUGAAGCGCAUUGACGAGGAAAACAUUCCUGCGCACUCACCGAUCGAGCAGCGCUGGACAGCUCGCAGUACCUCCUUGAUGAGCCCUGCGUCGUCUUCCGAUCCCAAUCAAAUUUUCUCGUGGGUGGGUGUUAUCCUGUACUUGCCAACAGCGGACAAAUUUGUACGCACUGCCAUUCAAGAUCGUUUUAUGGAUUUUUAUGCCAUUUACCGCGACUAUAUGGAAUCGUUUGGAGCAACAGAACACUGGGCGAAAAUUGAGUGGCCCGAGGAUGCUGCUGAACGCCAGAAGAUGCGAGAUCGUCUAAAUAGAAGAUAUCCGCUUGACAAGUUCAGAAAAGCACGCGAUGAGCUUGAUCCAUACCGUAUUUUGUCGAACCAAAUUGUAGAUGAAUUGUGCGCUUGA